GGAAUUAACACUUGCAACUUUGAUGUGGAUUUCGUCAGAUCAAAAACUAAGAUUAGAUUGGAAGUUUUGAAACAAGCAUAAAAAUGUCCCAGAAGGCAAAUGUACUACGGGGCAAAACUCCGGUACAGCUCUUGCAAGAGAUGGCGAUGAAAAUGAAGUCCCCGGUACCCGCGUAUCAGUACACUGGGGAAACAACGUCUCCGUUGGGACUGCAAGCAAAACUGUUCACACACUCCGUUGCCGCGUUGGGGAAACAAGCGACCGGAGUUGGUCGAACGAAGCAAGACUCCAAACAUGAAGCCGCCUGGCAAUUGCUCCGCGUACUGUUGAAUCUACCGCCCGAGGAGGAAGACGACUCUAUGGCUGCUGCAGACCAACAUAACCAGGCUGCUGUGAUGGAGCAGUCCGUCGAUCGUGUGUCCCAGCUGCGGGAUAUUUGUAUCCAGCGUAACUUCCCACUGCCCGAGUUCGAACUGGUGCGCAGUUUUGGCCCUUCGCAUGCACCCUCCUUCGAGUACGAGGUGCGCAUUCGUGACAUCGUACGGCGUGGUACACACUCCACCAAGAAGGGAGCCAAACAAAUUGCUUGCCAGGAGAUGAUCAAAACGCUUCAGGCGAUGCCGGUGGAUGACACGUUUCUACAGGUCGUAUCGAUCGACGACGCCAUCGAGGAGGAGGAACAGAGUGAUGACCACAUCAUAAAGACGUACUACGAGUACUCCCAGUCGGACAACAAGAAAAAACUAGGCGUAUCGAUAGCCGAUCGUCAUAGGUUUUUCCUGGACCUUCCGAGUGUGCGCAUCGCCGAGGCCCAUCGAAUCAUGAUGAACGGCGAGGAAACCGUGCGGGAAAAGUGCCACACUAUACCGACGGCAUUGGGGUUAAAGUUUAAAAUAACACCCAACAAUCCGGUGCUUACGUCACACAGCGGUAAGCCGAUGCACACGUUUGAGCUGUUAAAUUCGGAAUACGACUGCUUUAUCUUCAAAGAAAAUGAAGAUACCUUCUAUAAAGAGGUUUAUCAGUAUUUUUGCUUGAGGACAAACUUCCGUCAGGUUUCCACAAAACUUUAGGAAUAUUUUUUUCCAAAAGAGUGGCCUUCCUGAUAUGGUGAUGUGUGACCGAAUUCAAAUAAUCGAUACCCGGUUUGGUGGGUCCCAUCAUGACGCACACAUAAUAAUAAGUAAGCAUUUUAUAGAUCGACACAGAAACUUUUUAUUCAACGAUAGAUUGCUAGGUACAAUUAUAACAAGAAGUUGUAAUGAAUGUUUUUAAUUGACAGUCUUUUUGAUCAGGUGAUGCAGGUUACCCGGCAGGAGACUGGCUGCUGCCAGUCUAUUACGUUUUAUAUUGAUCCAGAUUCAGGGUCUCCAGAAUCUGAAUUCAAUAAGAAGCAUUCGUCUGGAUGUAUGAUAGUGGUUAGUGGCGGCAAUCGGUUUGCUUAAGAGUAGAUUUAGAUGCGUGUUAGGAGUAGAUGGAAUGUUUAAUUAUGAACGGCAGAAGUGUGACCAAAUUAUCAAUGUUGUGCUUUACAUAACAUGUUUUGAAAAUAAUAUAGAGUGGAACCUCCAUUUGUAAUCUAUACUAGAAGAUCUGGGAUAUGAUUCCGAUUAAAAAAAU